AUGAAGUUGACUAGCUUGGUGGUUACUAUCGCUCCAUUGUUGGCAUUGACCCAGGCGGUUAAAGUAAAUCCACUCCCAGCUCCUAGACUGAUCGACUGGCUCGAUGAAAACCCAAUUUCUGUGAAUUUGGAUAAGUUGAACUUGGAAAUUGGCGCCGAAAACUCGAUUAUUUCAGAAGCCUUCUACAGAACCGUUUCAACAUUGAGAAAGUUGAAAUGGUAUCCAGCCGCUACUGAAGCUCCUAUCUCCAGCUUUGUUCCAUUUCCUACUGCUGAAGCUGCUGUUGACGCCAAAAAGAAAAAAAGAGACAGCCAGCGUACCUUUGACUUGUCUGGCUUGAGCGUUGUGGAAGUCACAGUUAACGAUUAUGCCGCUGACCUUCAAAUGGGAGUCAAUGAGACAUAUACCUUGUCCGUUUCCCCCUCCAGUAUUAUAAUUGAAUCUGAAACCGUUUGGGGGGUUCUCCACGCUUUCACUACCUUGCAACAAUUGAUCAUCUACGACAAUAGCAAGUUCGUCAUUGAGGGAUCAGUAAACAUAUGGGACGCCCCUCUUUACCAACAUCGUGGUGUGAUGGUUGAUACUGGUCGUAAUUACUUGAGCAUUGACUCCAUCUUGGAUCAAAUCGACAUGAUGGCUCUUUCCAAGUUGAACUCUUUGCACAUUCACCUAGACGAUGCUCAGAGUUGGCCAUUGUUAUUGAACUCGUACCCAGAAAUGAUCAUGGAUGCCUACAGUGAACGUGAAAUCUACACUAUCCAAGACCUUCAACACAUCAUCAAGUAUGCAAAGAACAGAGGUGUGAGAGUUAUACCAGAAAUCGACCUUCCAGGACAUGCUCGCGCUGGUUGGAGACAGAUCAACCCUGAUUUGGUUGCUUGUGGUGACUCAUGGUGGUCUAACGACGUCUGGGCUUCCCAUACUGCUGUAGAGCCACCUCCAGGUCAGUUGGACAUCAUGAAUGAUGAAGUAUACGAAGUCAUUGCUGAUGUUUAUAAUGAAUUGAGUGAGAUUUUCACUGAUAAUGUAUUUCACGUUGGCGCCGAUGAGAUCCAAACUGGAUGUUACAACAUGUCGACCUUGAUUCAAAACUGGUUCAAGGAAGAUCCUUCAAGAUCCUGGAAUGACUUAAGUCAGUACUAUGUUGACAAGGCAUACCCAAUCUUCAUGAACAAGACUAACAGACGUUUGAUGAUGUGGGAAGAUAUACUCUUGACUCCAGAAGGUGCCCACACUUUGCCUACCGAUGUUAUUUUGCAAUCUUGGAACAACGACUUGGUUAACAUUCAAAACUUGACUUCUCGUGGAUACGACGUCAUUGUUUCGUCGUCUUCGCACUUCUACUUGGACUGUGGUUUUGGUGGAUGGGUUUCCAACGAUCCAAGAUACAUUGACGACUACUCGAACGAUGUGUUCAACACCGGUUUAGGAGGUUCUUGGUGUGCUCCUUACAAGACCUGGCAAAGAAUCUACGACUACGAUUUUACUGCCAACUUGACAGAUGCUCAGGCUGAACACGUUAUUGGUGCCGAAGUGGCCUUGUGGUCCGAGCAAGUCGACUCUACUGUUUUAACCCAAAAGAUCUGGCCAAGAGCUGCUGCAUUGGCUGAAUCCACUUGGUCUGGUAACCGUAACUCUGAAGGAUACUUGAGAACCAACGAGUUGACUCAAAGAAUCUUGAACUUCAGAGAAUAUUUGGUUGCUCUUGGUUUCGGUGCUUCACCUCUUGUGCCAAAGUACUGUUUGCUUAACCCUCAUGCUUGUGAUUUGUACCAAAAUCAAACUGUUCUUGAGCAGUAUGGUACACACAACGAUAAGAACUCCACUAUUGCUGUUCUUAACUGA